AUGGAGCGCGGCUGCUGGGCGCCGCGGACUCUCGUCCUGGCGGUGCUGCUGCUGCUGCUGGCGACGCUGAGGGCGCGCGCGGCCACGGGGUACUACCCGCGCUUCUCUCCCUUCUUUUUCCUGUGCACCCACCACGGGGAGCUGGAAGGGGAUGGGGAGCAGGGCGAGGUGCUCAUUUCCCUGCACAUUGCGGGCAACCCCACCUACUACGUACCGGGACAGGAAUACCAUGUUACAAUUUCAACAAGUACCUUCUUUGAUGGUCUGCUGGUGACGGGACUGUACACCUCGACAAGCAUCCAGUCUUCUCAGAGCAUUGGAGGCUCCAGUGCCUUUGGAUUUGGGAUCAUGUCUGACUACCAGUUUGGUAAUCAGUUCAUGUGCAGCGUGGUGGCUUCUCACGUGAGUCACCUGCCUACAACCAACCUCAGCUUUGUUUGGAUUGCUCCACCAGCCGGCACGGGCUGUGUGAAUUUCAUGGCUACUGCAACACACAGGGGCCAGGUGAUUUUCAAAGACGCAUUAGCCCAGCAGUUGUGUGAACAAGGAGCUCCCACAGAGGCCACUGCUUACUCACACCUUGCUGAAAUACACAGUGACAGUGUGAUUCUACGAGAUGAUUUUGACUCCUACCACCAACUGGAAUUGAACCCCAAUAUAUGGGUUGAAUGCAGUAACUGUGAGACUGGAGAACAGUGUGGCACUAUCAUGCAUGGCAAUGCUGUCACCUUCUGUGAGCCAUAUGGCCCUCGAGAGUUGACCACCACAUGCCUGAACACAACAACAGCAUCUGUCCUCCAGUUUUCUAUUGGGUCAGGAUCAUGUCGGUUUAGUUACUCUGACCCCAGCAUCACUGUGUCAUACUCCAAGAACAAUACCGCCGAUUGGAUUCAGUUGGAGAAAAUUAGAGCCCCUUCCAAUGUGAGCACAAUCAUCCACAUCCUCUACCUUCCUGAGGAAGCCAAAGGGGAGAACGUGCAGUUCCGGUGGAAACAGGACAGCCUGCAUGUGGGUGAGGUUUAUGAAGCCUGCUGGGCCCUGGACAACAUCCUGGUCAUCAAUGCAGCCCACAGACAAGUCAUUCUGGAGGACAGUCUCGACCCAGUAGACACAGGCAACUGGCUCUUCUUCCCAGGAGCAACGGUCAAGCAUAGCUGUCAGUCAGAUGGGAACUCCAUUUAUUUCCACGGAAAUGAAGGCAGCGAGUUCAAUUUUGCCACCACCCGGGAUGUAGAUCUUUCUACAGAGGAUAUUCAAGAGCAGUGGUCAGAAGAAUUUGAGAGCCCGCCCACAGGAUGGGACAUCUUGGGAGCAGUAGUUGGUUCCGAAUGUGGAACCAUAGAAUCAGGACUAUCACUGGUAUUCCUCAAAGAUGGAGAGAGGAAGUUAUGCACUCCCUACAUGGAUACAACUGGUUAUGGCAACCUGAGGUUCUACUUUGUUAUGGGAGGAAUCUGUGACCCUGGAGACUCUCAUGAAAACGAUAUCAUCUUAUAUGCAAAGACUGAAGGAAGAAAAGAACACAUUGCACUGGACACUCUUUCCUAUUCUUCCUAUAAGGUUCCAGCUUUGGUUUCUGUGGUCAUCAAUCCUGAACUUCAGACACCUGCCACCAAAUUUUGUCUCAGGCAAAAGAACCACCAAGGGCAUAACCGGAAUGUCUGGGCUGUAGACUUCUUCCAUGUGCUGCCUGUUCUCCCUUCAACAAUGUCUCACAUGAUCCAAUUUUCUAUUAACUUGGGCUGUGGCACACACCAGCCUGGUAACAGUGUCAGCUUGGAGUUUUCUACUAAUCAUGGACGGUCUUGGUCCCUACUCCACACUGAGUGCCUGCCAGAGAUCUGUGCAGGCCCCCAUCUCCCCCACAGCACCGUCUACUCCUCAGAAAACUACAGUGGAUGGAACCGAAUCACAAUUCCCCUCCCUAACGCAGCACUCACCCGAGACACCAGGAUUCGCUGGAGACAAACAGGACCAAUCCUUGGAAACAUGUGGGCAAUUGAUAAUGUUUAUAUAGGUCCAUCAUGUCUCAAAUUCUGUUCUGGCAGAGGACAAUGCACUCGGCAUGGCUGCAAGUGUGACCCUGGUUUUUCUGGCCCAGCUUGUGAGAUGGCAUCUCAGACAUUUCCAAUGUUUAUUUCUGAAAGCUUUGGCAGUUCCAGACUUUCCUCCUACCAUAACUUUUACUCUAUCCGUGGUGCUGAAGUCAGUUUUGGCUGUGGUGUCUUAGCCAGUGGUAAGGCCCUGGUUUUCAACAAAGAUGGGAGGCGGCAGCUAAUCACCUCCUUUCUGGACAGCUCACAGUCCAGGUUUCUGCAGUUCACACUGAGGCUGGGGAGCAAGUCUGUGCUGAGUACGUGCAGGGCCCCUGACCAGCCUGGGGAGGGAGUUCUACUGCACUAUUCAUAUGACAAUGGGAUAACAUGGAAGCUCCUGGAACACUAUUCAUAUCUCAACUACCAUGAGCCCAGGAUAAUCUCUGUAGAACUACCAGAUGAUGCAAGACAGUUUGGAAUCCAGUUCAGAUGGUGGCAGCCAUAUCAUUCUUUCCAAGGAGAAGAUGUAUGGGCCAUUGAUGAGAUUGUCAUGACCUCUGUCCUGUUCAACAGCAUCAGUCUUGACUUUAGCAAUCUCGUGGAAGUCACUCAAUCUCUGGGAUUCUACCUUGGGAAUGUUCAGCCAUACUGUACCCACGACUGGACACUUUGUUUUACUGGAGAUUCUAAGCUUGCCUCAAGCAUGCGCUAUGUGGAAACACAGUCCAUGCAGAUUGGAGCAUCCUAUAUGAUUCAGUUCAGCCUAGUGAUGGGAUGUGGCCGGAAACACACUCCCCACAUGGACAACCAGGUGAAGCUGGAGUACUCAGCCAACCAUGGCCUUACAUGGCACCUUGUACAAGAAGAAUGCCUUCCCAGUAUGCCAAGUUGCCAGGAAUUUACGUCGCCCAGUAUUUACCACGCCAGUGAGUUCACACAGUGGAGAAGACUCACUGUCGUUCUUCCUCAGAAGACAUGGUCCGGUGCCACCCGCUUCCGCUGGAGUCAGAGCUAUUACACAGUCCAGGAUGAGUGGGCUUUAGACAACAUUUACAUUGGGCAGCAAUGCCCAAACAUGUGCAGUGGGCAUGGCUCAUGUGACCAUGGCGUGUGCAGGUGUGACCAGGGAUACCAGGGCACUGAAUGCCACCCAGAAGCUGCACUUCCUUCCACAAUUAUGUCAGAUUUUGAGAACCCAAGCAGUUGGGACUCAGACUGGCAAGAAGUUAUUGGGGGAGAAGUUGUAAAACCUGAGCAAGGCUGUGGGGUCGUGUCUUCUGGAUCUUCUCUAUACUUCAGCAAGGCUGGGAAGAGGCAGCUGGUGAGCUGGGAUCUGGACACGUCUUGGGUGGACUUCGUCCAGUUCUACAUCCAGAUCGGUGGAGAGAGUGCUGCAUGCAACAAGCCUGACAGCAGAGAGGAGGGUAUCCUCCUCCAGUAUAGCAACAAUGGUGGCAUCCAGUGGCACCUGCUGGCAGAGAUGUACUUUUCAGACUUCAGCAAACCCAGAUUUGUCUACCUGGAGCUCCCAGCUGCUGCGAAGACCCCUUGUACCAGGUUCCGCUGGUGGCAGCCUGUGUUCUCAGGGGAGGACUAUGACCAGUGGGCCAUCGACGACAUCAUCAUUCUGUCAGAGAAGCAAAAGCAGGUUAUUCCAGUUGUCAACCCAACUUUGCCCCAGAACUUUUAUGAGAAGCCAGCGUUUGAUUACCCUAUUAACCAAAUGAGUGUGUGGCUGAUGUUGGCCAAUGAAGGGAUGAGUAAAAACGAGAGCUUCUGUGCCACUACGCCUUCAGCCAUGGUGUUUGGAAAGUCAGACGGAGACAGAUUUGCCAUAACUCGAGAUCUGACCCUGAAACCUGGAUAUGUGCUCCAGUUCAAGCUAAACAUAGGGUGUGCCAGCCAGUUCAGCAACACUGCUCCGGUUCUCCUGCAGUAUUCACAUGAUGCUGGCAUGUCAUGGUUUCUGGUGAAGGAAGGAUGCUUUCCAGCUUCAGCAGGCAAAGGAUGUGAAGGGAACUCCAGGGAAUUGAGUGAGUCUACUGUCUAUUAUACUGGGGACUUCGAAGAAUGGACAAGAAUCACCAUUGUCAUCCCAAGGUCCCUAGCAUCCAGCAAGACCAGAUUCCGAUGGAUCCAAGAGAGCAGCUCUCAGAAGAAUGUACCCCCAUUUGGCUUAGAUGGGGUAUACAUAUCUGAGCCUUGUCCCAGUUACUGCAGUGGUCAUGGAGACUGUAUCUCAGGGGUGUGUUUCUGUGACUUGGGGUACACAGCUGCACAAGGAACCUGUGUGUCAAACAUCCCCAACCACAGUGAGAUGUUCGAUAGGUUUGAGGGGAAGCUAAGCCCACUAUGGUACAAAAUAAGCGGAGGUCAGGUUGGGACAGGCUGUGGAGCCCUUAACGACGGCAGGUCCCUCUACUUCAAUGGCCUUGGGAAAAGGGAAGCCAGGACAGUCCCACUGGACACCAGGAAUAUCAGACUUGUUCAGUUUUAUAUACAAAUUGGAAGUAAAACAUCAGGUAUUACCUGCAUCAAACCACGGGCUAGAAAUGAGGGGCUUGUUGUUCAGUAUUCCAAUGACAACGGGAUACGCUGGCAUUUUCUGCGAGAGUUGGAUUUCAUGUCGUUCCUGGAGCCACAGAUCAUUUCCAUUGACCUGCCCCAGGAAGCAAAGACACCUGCCACAGCUUUCCGGUGGUGGCAGCCACAGCAUGGGAAGCAUUCAGCCCAGUGGGCUUUGGAUGAUGUCCUUAUAGGAGUGAAUGACAGCUCUCAAACUGGAUUUCAAGAUAAAUUUGAUGGCUCCAUAGACUUGCAAGCCAAUUGGUAUCGAAUUCAAGGAGGCCAAGUUGAUAUUGACUGCCUCUCUAUGGACACUGCCCUUAUAUUCACUGAAAACAUAGGAAAACCUCGAUAUGCUGAGACCUGGGACUUCCAUGUGUCGGCGUCAAGCUUCUUACAGUUUGAAAUGAGCAUGGGCUGCAGCAAGCCUUUCAGCAGCACCCACAGCAUACAGCUCCAGUACUCUCUGAACAACGGCAAGGACUGGCAUCUUGUCACUGAGGAAUGUGUCCCUCCGACCAUUGGCUGUGUGCGCUACACAGAGAGUUCAAAGUACACAUCAGAAAGAUUCCAGAACUGGAGGCGGGUCACAGUCUACCUUCCACUUGCCGCCAAUUCUCCCAGGACGCGGUUCAGAUGGAUUCAGGCCAACUACACAGUAGGAGCAGAUUCCUGGGCUAUUGAUAAUGUUGUACUGGCCUCAGGCUGUCCUUGGAUGUGCUCAGGACGAGGGAUUUGUGAUUCGGGGCGCUGUGUGUGUGACCGGGGGUUUGGUGGACCCUUCUGUGUUCCUGUUGUCCCUCUCCCCUCCAUUCUGAAAGAUGAUUUCAAUGGUAACUUGCAUCCUGACCUUUGGCCUGAAGUCUAUGGGGCAGAGAGGGGGAAUCUGAACGGUGAAACCAUCAAAUCUGGAACAUCUCUGAUCUUUAAAGAGGAGGGACUGAGAAUGCUUAUUUCAAGAGAUCUAGAUUGCACCAAUACUAUGUAUGUCCAGUUUUCUCUCCGAUUUAUAGCAAAAGGUACUCCAGAGAGGUCGCACUCCAUCCUCCUACAAUUUUCUGUCAAUGGAGGAAUCACCUGGCACCUGAUGGAUGAGUUUUACUUCCCUCAAACGACCAACAUACUUUUCAUUAACGUUCCCUUGCCAUAUGGUGCCCAAACCAACGCUACAAGAUUCAGACUCUGGCAGCCAUACAAUAACGGUAAGAAAGAAGAAAUCUGGAUGAUUGAUGACUUUAUUAUUGAUGGAAACAAUUUGAACAAUCCUGUGAUGCUGCUGGACACGUUUGACUUUGGGCCCAGGGAAGACAAUUGGUUUUUCUAUCCGGGUGGUAAUAUUGGCCUUUACUGCCCAUAUUCAUCAAAGGGAGCUCCUGAAGAAGAUUCAGCCAUGGUGUUUGUUUCAAAUGAAGUUGGUGAGCAUUCCAUUACCACCUGUGACCUAAGUGUGAACGAGAAUACCAUCAUUCAAUUUGAGAUCAAUGUUGGAUGCUCCACUGAUAGCUCAUCUGCUGAUCCAGUCAGACUGCAAUUUUCAAGGGACUUUGGAGCCACCUGGCACCUGCUGCUUCCCCUCUGCUACCACAGUGGCGGCCUCGUCAGCUCCUUAUGCUCCACUGAGCACCACCCGAGCAGCACCUACUAUGCAGGGACCACCCAGGGCUGGAGAAGGGAGGUUGUGCACUUCGGGAAGCUGCACCUUUGCGGAUCUGUUCGAUUCCGUUGGUAUCAGGGAUUUUAUCCUUCUGGCUCUCAGCCGGUCACAUGGGCCAUUGAUAACGUCUACAUUGGUCCCCAGUGUGAAGAGAUGUGCUCUGGGCAUGGGAGCUGCAUCAAUGGCACCAAGUGUAUAUGUGACCCAGGCUACUCCGGUCCAACCUGUAAAAUAAGCACCAAAAAUCCUGAUUUUCUCAAAGAUGAUUUUGAAGGUCAACUGGAAUCUGAUCGAUUCUUACUGAUGAGUGGAGGGAAGCCGUCUCGGAAGUGUGGGAUCCUUUCCAGUGGGAACAACCUCUUCUUCAAUGAGGAUGGCUUGCGCAUGCUGGUAACACGGGAUCUGGAUUUAUCACAUGCUAGGUUUGUGCAGUUCUUCAUAAGACUAGGAUGUGGUAAAGGGGUUCCAGACCCCAGGAGCCAGCCCAUACUUCUACAGUACUCCCUCAAUGGUGGCCUCUCCUGGAGCCUUCUUCAAGAGUUCCUCUUCAGCAACUCCAGCAAUGUGGGCAGGUACAUUGCCCUGGAAAUGCCCCUGAAAGCCCGUUCUGGUUCUACACGCCUUCGCUGGUGGCAGCCAUCUGAAAAUGGGCACUUCUAUAGCCCCUGGGUGAUCGACCAGAUUCUUAUUGGAGGAAAUAUCUCUGGUAAUACAGUCUUAGAAGAUGAUUUCUCGACUUUGGACAGCAGAAAGUGGCUGCUUCACCCAGGAGGCACCAAGAUGCCUGUGUGUGGCUCCACGGGUGAUGCCCUGGUCUUCAUUGAAAAGGCCAGCACCCGUUAUGUGGUCACUACAGACAUUGCUGUGAAUGAGGACUCAUUCCUACAAAUAGAUUUUGCUGCCUCCUGCUCUGUCACAGACUCUUGCUAUGCUAUUGAACUGGAGUACUCAGUGGAUCUUGGGCUUUCGUGGCACCCACUGGUGAGGGACUGCCUGCCUACUAAUGCUGAGUGCAGUCGUUAUCACCUACAGCGGAUCCUGGUGUCAGAUACUUUCAACAAAUGGACCAGAAUCACUCUGCCCCUCCCUUCCUACACCAGGUCUCAAGCCACUCGUUUCCGCUGGCAUCAGCCAGCGCCUUUUGACAAGCAGCAGACCUGGGCAAUAGAUAACGUCUAUAUUGGGGAUGGUUGCCUAGACAUGUGCAGUGGCCAUGGGAGAUGCAUUCAGGGAAGCUGCAUCUGUGAUGAGCAGUGGGGAGGCCUGUACUGUGAGGAGCCUGAGACCUCCCUUCCAACCCAGCUCAAAGACAACUUUAAUCGUGCUCCCUCCAACCAGAACUGGCUGACUGUGAAUGGUGGGAAGUUGAGUACCGUGUGCGGAGCUGUGGCUUCGGGCCUGGCUCUCCAUUUCAGUGGGGGCUGUAGCCGAUUGUUAGUUACUGUGGAUCUGAACCUGACUAAUGCUGAGUUUAUCCAGUUUUACUUCAUGUAUGGAUGCCUCAUUACACCGAGCAACCGUAACCAGGGAGUCCUGUUGGAGUACUCUGUCAAUGGAGGCAUCACCUGGAACUUGCUGAUGGAGAUUUUCUAUGACCAGUACAGUAAACCUGGAUUCGUGAAUAUCCUUCUCCCUCCUGAUGCUAAAGAGAUUGCCACUCGAUUCCGUUGGUGGCAGCCACGACAUGACGGCCUUGACCAGAAUGACUGGGCCAUUGAUAAUGUCCUCAUCUCGGGCUCUGCUGACCAGAGGACAGUCAUGCUGGAUACAUUCAGCAGCGCCCCAGUACCACAGCAUGAGCGCUCUCCUGCAGAUGCUGGCCCUGUUGGGAGAAUUGCUUUUGAUAUGUUCAUGGAGGACAAAACGUCAGUGAAUGAGAAUUGGCUCUUUCAUGAUGACUGUACAGUGGAAAGAUUCUGUGACUCCCCAGAUGGUGUCAUGCUCUGUGGCAGCCAUGAUGGACGAGAGGUAUAUGCAGUGACACACGACCUGACUCCCACUGAGAACUGGAUCAUGCAGUUCAAGAUCUCUGUUGGAUGCAGAGUGCCUGAAAAAAUUGCCCAGAAUCAAAUUCAUGUGCAGUUUUCUACUGACUUUGGCGUGAGCUGGAGUUACCUAGUCCCUCAGUGCUUACCUGCUGACCCAAAGUGUUCUGGAAGCGUCUCUCAACCGUCUGUGUUCUUCCCAACUAAGGGGUGGAAAAGGAUCACCUACCCUCUUCCUGAGAGCCUAAUGGGGAAUCCUGUAAGAUUUAGAUUCUACCAAAAGUACUCAGAUGUGCAGUGGGCAAUUGACAAUUUCUACCUUGGCCCUGGAUGUCUGGACAACUGUGGAGGUCAUGGAGACUGCCUAAAGGAACAGUGCAUCUGUGACCCAGGAUACUCAGGACCAAACUGCUACUUAACUCACACCCUGAAGACUUUCCUGAAGGAGCGCUUUGACAGUGAAGAGAUCAAGCCUGACUUAUGGAUGUCCUUAGAAGGUGGAAGCACUUGUACAGAAUGUGGGAUCCUUGCCGAGAACACUGCACUCUAUUUUGGGGGGUCCACUGUGAGACAAGCUAUUACUCAAGAUUUAGAUCUCAGAGGGGCAAAAUUCCUGCAGUACUGGGGACGUAUUGGCAGUGAGAGCAACAUGACAUCUUGCCAUCGGCCAGUCUGCCGGAAGGAAGGCGUGCUGCUGGAUUACUCUAAGGAUGGAGGAAUCACUUGGACUCUGCUUCAUGAGAUGGAUUUCCAGAAAUACAUUUCAGUGAGGCACGACUACAUCCUCCUGCCUGAGGGGGCCCUCACCAACACAACUCGACUUCGCUGGUGGCAGCCUUUUGUGAUCAGCAAUGGACUCGUGGUUUCCGGGGUGGAGCGUGCGCAGUGGGCGCUGGACAACAUUCUGAUUGGUGGAGCAGAAAUCAAUCCAAGCCAACUGGUAGACACUUUCGAUGACGAAGGCUCCUCCCAUGAAGAAAACUGGAGUUUUUACCCUAAUGCAGUAAGGACAGCAGGAUUCUGUGGCAAUCCAUCCUUCCACCUCUACUGGCCAAAUAAAAAGAAGGACAAGACCCACAAUGCUCUCUCCUCACGCGAGCUCAUUAUACAGCCAGGAUACAUGAUGCAAUUUAAAAUUGUGGUGGGUUGUGAAGCCACCUCCUGUGGUGACCUUCAUUCUGUAAUGCUGGAGUACACUAAGGAUGCAAGGUCUGAUUCCUGGCAACUCGUGCAGACCCAGUGCCUACCUUCCUCUUCCAAUAGCAUUGGCUGCUCCCCCUUCCAGUUCCAUGAAGCCACCAUUUAUAAUGCUGUCAACAGUUCAAGCUGGAAGAGGAUCACCAUCCAGCUGCCGGACCACGUCUCCUCAAGUGCCACACAGUUUCGCUGGAUCCAGAAGGGAGAAGAAACUGAGAAGCAAAGCUGGGCCAUCGACCAUGUAUACAUUGGAGAGGCUUGUCCCAAGCUCUGCAGCGGGCAUGGCUACUGCACCACGGGGGCUGUCUGCAUCUGUGAUGAAAGCUUCCAAGGCGAUGACUGCUCUCUCUUCAGUCACGAGCUUCCUAGUUACAUUAAAGAUAAUUUUGAAUCAGCAAGAGUCACUGAAGCCAACUGGGAAACAAUUCAGGGUGGUGUCAUCGGAAGUGGCUGUGGGCAGCUGGUGCCCUAUGCCCAUGGAGACUCUCUUUACUUUAAUGGUUGUCAGAUAAGGCAAGCUGCCACCAAGCCACUAGAUCUCACUCGAGCAAGCAAAAUUAUGUUUGUCUUGCAAAUUGGGAGCACAGCACAGACAGACAGUUGCAACAGUGACCUCAGUGGCCCCCACACCGUGGACAAAGCAGUGCUGCUGCAGUACAGCGUGAACAAUGGCAUAACCUGGCACGUCAUCGCUCAGCACCAGCCGAAGGACUUUACACAAGCUCAGCGGGUGUCUUACAACGUCCCCCUGGAAGCACGGAUGAAAGGGGUUUUACUGCGCUGGUGGCAACCACGCCACAAUGGAACAGGUCAUGAUCAAUGGGCUCUGGACCAUGUGGAGGUCGUCCUCACUCGCAAACAAAAUUACAUGAUGAAUUUUUCACGACAACAUGGGCUCAGGCACUUCUACAACAGAAGACGAAGGUCACUUAGACGAUGUCCAUGAAGAAUCCAAGUUUAUUUCCCUUUCCAGCGUACAAUGUGUCCCUUCCUGGUUUUUCUCACUGCAUCCAAUAUCAGGAAACAAAGAUGAAGGACUUGGCUGACAGAAAGCCCUUCAAGACUGAGUGUCCUCCACCUUUCCACACUGUGAGCUAAUGAUGUGCAGCUGUCUGCACAUAAGUAAAUGUCUUCACGUCAGUGCAUCAGUGGAAAUUGUGAUCUGUUGUAAUAUCAGUUACAGUGGCAGUAUUGAGAAUAAGAAAUAGUUUAACAUAAAAAAAGUUUAAGCACAAAAAUUUUUAAAGAUUUUAUGUUUUAAAUGGCAUUUUAGCACAGUAUUUAACAUUCUGGGUCACUGAACUAUUUAAGAAGACUGUAUUUCAUCUUUGUCUCUUGUUUUAUAUGAUUAAGUUAUCAUCAUUUGUCCUUUAUGUAUCCUCCACUACUGUAUAACACACUGAAACUGUAUCUACUUGCUGUGUUGCAAUAUUUUGCUGCUGGACUUUGACCGACUUGUAUUAUGCAGAAAGUUAAUUCAGAUACCUAUUCAAGAUGAUAACUGUAAAGACACUGUUAAGUCCUUUAGUAUGCUCCUUAUCAUGUAUGUUGAUAUAGCAUCAUUUUGUGGAUAGGAAAAAAAUGUUUGACCUUCAGAUAUUUUCUACUUAAAAAAAUUGUGGAUGAACACCCUAUCUCUUCCCACAGUGAAGUUCCCAAUACCUUGUCUAAAACAAUUUUUUAAAGUGGCUGGUUUACUAACAGUAACUGCCAUGUCGUGUUUGUGGUAACUAAGUGACUUGUAAGAUGGUGGAUGUUUUCCUCAUUGUGUUCUCUUCAUGGGUUGUUUCCCUGUGGGUCAUAGUCAUACCUUCUGAUGAAGUUGAGCCAACACCAGCAAAGUCUAAUGGUCCUGCAGCUGCUGACUAUUACUGAAACAGAAGGCUGCACUAUAAGCUGAACCAUGCUAAAAGCCCAUGCUUAAAUAAAAAGUAUGUCCAAAAUCUA